GUCAUACAGCCCAUAGACUGCGGAGGAACAACAGCCCUGUGACAAAGGUUCCACGAUACCAAACAAGGGAUACUUAAUGUCAAGGCAGAGGAGGAAUGGAAGAAAGCUACGAGACAUUUGAGGAGGAGUUAUGGCCACCGAGGGCAGACGCUCCUCCGCAGAGACCCAUUCGACAGAUCCACCGAGCAAGUGGAGAAAUGCACACUUCAAGGAAAAUCAGAGAGGAAGUGCCUCCUGUUCAUCUACAACCAAGAUCAGAACCUAAGACCUUACCAGGAGAACCCACCUCCACCAAACCUACAUCCUUGCACAAAACCUUGUCAAUCCAGAACCUAACUCAGAUAGAGACACCCUGGGAGAAGUUCACUCUCAACCGCUGUCUUUUUGUAGCCAUCACCAUUCUGGUGCUCACUUCAGGGUUUCAGAGACUUCAUGAAACGUUUCGUGGCCAGAGAACAAUAGAAGAAGAGGAGAAAGCUGGACUAACAAUGAGACGAUCAGGAAUAUUACGGCAAAGACGACAUCUGCCAGAGCCUGAGACUUCUCUGUGGGAAGUUAUGUUUUGGUGGCUGCCAGACCUCGAUGAUGAAGACGAAGAACAUGACAACGGAGAGAUCAAAAGAAGAAAAUCAAAGAGGGAAGUAACAACACGAACAUCGAGGGGUCUCAGGAAUAGGCCGCUGCCAGAGAAAAAACUCUUAAAGCAAAGAGACGGGAAAUUAAAGGACAGGAGGGCCAGGAAAGCUGGGGCCAACAAAAUCAAAGACAAGAGAGGCAGAGUGAAGAAAGAGGACCCUGAAGAGGAUGAAAGAGACGAGGAGACAGACCCAAAGAAGAAUAAGUUAGAAGACGAGAAAUAAAAAAACAAGAGCAGAUUUUUAUUCUGUUUUCAAACACACAUCAGAUGUUCUAAAAUCGGUUAUUAAUCAAGUGGCAGAUGAUCAGUGUAAACAAUAAAGUUUUACAGCUCAA